AUGCUCAUGGUUCGGGAUCCAAAGCGCUUCAACGGCGUCAUUCAUAUUGACAAUACGUUUGGCGAUAUCCUGUCCGAUAUCUUGGGAGGCGUCAAUGGCACACUUGAGGUUCUUUCAAGUGCGAGUCUCUUGCAUACUAGGAGAGCGUGCGUGCGAAGGGAAUUUACGAGCCGAUCCACGGCAGCGCCCCGGAUGUCUCUGGGAAAGGGAUGGCCAAUCGGUCGCCCAAAUUCUCAGUGUUGCGACGCUGUUGCGAUACUCGUUGGAUGUAUUACAGGAAGCAAGUGCAAUUGCGCAGGCAGUUGCACAAGUGGUGGAU